AGCGGCGGCGGCGGUAAGAUGGCUGCCCACGGGGGCUCCGCGGCGUCCUCGGCGCUGAAGGGGUUAAUUCAGCAGUUCACCGCCAUCACCGGUGCAAGUGAAAGUGUUGGGAAACAUAUGCUUGAAGCCUGCAACAAUAAUCUGGAGAUGGCAGUCACAAUGUUUUUGGAUGGUGGUGGAAUCGCUGAAGAGCCCAGUACCAGUUCAGCAAGUGUCUCCACUGUUAGACCACACACAGAAGAAGAAGUUCGUGCCCCAAUUCCUCAAAAGCAGGAAAUAUUGGUAGAACCAGAACCUUUGUUUGGUGCUCCUAAAAGACGGCGGCCUGCACGUUCAAUAUUUGAUGGUUUUCGGGAUUUUCAAACUGAAACUAUUCGGCAAGAACAAGAGUUAAGAAAUGGAGGAGCCAUAGAUAAGAAACUAACUACCCUGGCAGAUCUGUUCCGGCCACCCAUUGAUUUGAUGCAUAAAGGCAGCUUUGAAACAGCCAAAGAGUGUGGGCAGAUGCAAAAUAAGUGGCUGAUGAUAAACAUCCAAAAUGUACAAGACUUUGCAUGCCAGUGCCUCAACCGUGAUGUAUGGAGCAAUGAUGCUGUGAAGAAUAUUAUCCGGGAACAUUUCAUUUUCUGGCAGGUUUAUCAUGACAGUGAGGAAGGUCAGAGAUACAUACAAUUUUAUAAGCUAGGGGAUUUCCCCUAUGUUUCCAUCUUGGAUCCACGGACAGGUCAGAAGCUAGUAGAGUGGCACCAGUUAGACGUAUCUUCUUUCUUGGACCAAGUGACGGGAUUUCUGGGUGAACAUGGGCAACUGGAUGGACUUUCUAGCAGUCCCCCCAAAAAAUGUGCCCGUUCAGAGAGUCUUAUAGAUGCAAGUGAAGACAGCCAGCUAGAAGCUGCCAUCAGAGCCUCCUUGCAAGAGACACAUUUUGAUUCAUCACAGACAAAACAGGAUAGCCGCUCAGAUGAAGAGUCUGAAUCUGAACUUUUUUCUGGCAGUGAGGAAUUUAUAUCUGUUUGUGGCUCUGAUGAAGAAGAGGAGAUAGAGAAUCUUGCCAAGUCCAGAAAGUCUCCCCAUAAAGAUUUGGGGCAUAGAAAAGAGGAAAACAGAAGGCUGCUAACUGAGCCCCCACCCAGAACUGAGCCUGUAACAACAACAAACCACCAAGGAUUGUCAGUCAUGGAUUCAGAAAUAUUGGAGAUGUCACCUGAAAAAUCAGAUGGAAUAGUGGAGGGCAUAGAUGUAAAUGGACCAAAAGCACAGCUGAUGUUGCGGUAUCCAGAUGGAAAAAGGGAACAAAUCACUCUUCCAGAGCAAGCUAAAUUGCUAGCUUUGGUGAAGCAUGUCCAGUCUAAAGGAUAUCCAAAUGAACGUUUUGAACUUCUCACCAACUUCCCUCGAAGGAAACUCUCUCAUCUGGACUAUGACAUUACAUUACAAGAGGCAGGCCUUUGUCCUCAAGAGACUGUCUUUGUACAGGAAAGAAAUUAACAUCAUGGCCCGACCUCUCUCAGCUUACCCCUUUUUUCCCUUUUCCUGUGAGAUACCAUGUCACUGAGUAUGCAUUUUGGUUCAUAGGACCAUAGAGCCAAAGUUGGGCAAGCAAGUCACCUGCCUUCUCUUUUAUUCCUUGCUCUCUCCUGUAAUAAGUCUUUUUCACUUCCUACCCCCUUUUUUUUUCCCUCUCCUAUCCUAUUUUUGUCUUUUUCCUACUUUUCUUUCUUUCUUACCUAAUCAGGUGACCAAAUGGAAGUAUAAGGAUAACACCUCCUAGUACUGGCAGCAGGAAAUGAGUGUUCCAAUAAGUGGUCUCUUGCAUGGCACUUUUUCGGGAUCAAAUGAUAAUGUUACUACUCCUCAGACUCCUUUGGUAAAGGAAUGGCUAGAUUCAGAAUAAGAACAACCUCCCUUUUUUGUAAGCCCUGUUUUUAGUAGGAAAAAGCAAUUCUCUAACAUGUUUUGUUUUGUUGUUCAUAUAACAAAUAUCACAACAGAAUAUCCAGGCUUUUAUUUACAUGGAAAAAACAUCCCUUGUAAUAAUUAUUCAUCUCAUUUAAAAAUCAUUUCGAAGGAUUCCCACCCUCCCAAGCUAGAAUUAUUUCCAUGAGAUGUGUUAUUGGCAAAAUGAGUGUUAAAUGUUGGGUGAGUAGCAUGGGUUGGCAUUCAAUACCCUAGCCUGAGACAACUUUCUUCGUUACUACUCUAUAAACUAUAUUGAUCCUGCUAGUCCCAGAGUGGACCUUUAGUGAGCAUAUUGUGGUGACUGGGAUAGGAAGGUGCUUGCUGUUUUUUGCCAGUACGGCAUAUUAGUUCCUUCGGCCCUUCCAUUGUCUGGGUCCACAAGUGAUCUAUAGGAAGGCAGCUAUUCAAUAAUCAUGCAAAACAGUGGCUUGUAGUUUAACCACUAUGGUUAUUGAUUGUCCUAUGUGCUUUAGGCAUACUUAUGUAUAUCCUGGGGGAAAAAGAAAAAGAUGCAGCUGAGAGUAGCUAACCAUAUUCCUUUGGUUAGAAAUAAUGAUUCAUUUAUUACCCCUGGUUGAACAGUCUCUAAAGGCUCUGGUGACUAAAUGAGCUUAAAUCCUCAUGCUUUUUCUUGCAAAAGGUCUCAAAAUUGAAAGCCUGAGGGGAAAACCUUUAAAU